GCGGUAGCAUCCUCACAUGUACCCGGGAUUCAGGACGUGUGAUGCGGGGAGAAGUGCACCUCUUCCCGCUUCCUUCCUCUCUGUAGAGCGGGACACGGAGUGAGAGUGGCAGGACCUGCGCACCCCACGGCUCCCUUCUUCAUCCCCCCAAAAAACUGAAGAUGUAUCAGGGUCACUCACAGUUGGGUAGCGAGCAUCAGGAAAGCCGACCGCUGCUGAGUCCUUCCAUCGACGACUUUCAGAGCGAGAGCAGAAGUGAUGGAGCAACACGACCGGUCACCUCUAAGACAGCAGUUAUCUGUACGGCUCUGGACCUGGUGGACCUGAGCGAGCCGUGUGAGAGGAGAUGGAGCUUUGACCGACGCAGUCCACUUUCUUCUGCCAAAAACAGCCUCCGCAGGAAGAAAACCGACGAGACCGAACUGAUCCAGGUGGAGCCGGAACCCCUCUCGCUGGGACACGUGAACCCCGAGAGAGCCUCGUUAGACUCAGUGAGCAGCUCACCUCGGGACAGAUGGGACGAGGUGAGUCUCCACCCAGACAGUGCUUGGAACGGAGGGAGGAGGUGGAGAUACGAGAAGAAGUGCACCUCACAUCAUUCGUCUAGUGAACUGCUUUGGUCGGCUGAUUUUAAGAGCAGCCCGUCUAACAAGCACACGCUGGAGCUGAGCAUGAGCAUGGACUCCGACCCCGGGCCUCCAACACAGCGGACGAGACUGAAGUUGGGCAGCUCUCUGCAAGGCAGGCAACACUCUCUGGAGGAGGAGUUUGUACGAGCCAAGGCCGCCGUGGAGUCGGACACUGAAUUCUGGGAUAAGAUGCAGGCCGAGCUGGAGGAACUGGCUCGACGAAACUGGCUGGAGGACCCAGAGAGAAAAGGCCCAGUUCCAUUCAACCUUUCACCCAAAGAGACGGGUUACGUCUUCCACAUGGAGAACCCCUUUAAAGACUGGCCCAAUGCUUUUGAGGAGGGACUACAGAAAUCCAGAGAAGGAGAUCUGAACAGUGCCGUGCUGCUGCUCGAGGCCGCCAUACUGCAGGACCCACACGACUCUGAAGCGUGGCAGGUUUUAGGGACCACUCAGGCUGAGAACGAGAACGAGCAGGCUGCUAUCAUCUGUCUGCAGAGGUGUUUGGCGCUCCACCCGAAUAGUCUGAGCGCGCUCAUGGCGCUGGCCGUGAGUCUGACCAACGCAGGCCGGCAGCAGGAAGCAUGCGAGGCUCUGCAUCGAUGGAUAACGCAUAACCCCACCUACACACACCUCCUGCAGGAACGCAGUGCUCUGGACGGCUCACCUCUACCCCAGCGCAGGGGCUGCAGAAUCUCCCCCAUCCCUAUGCCUGGGUGCUCUCAGCUGGUGGAGGUGCUGGAACUUUAUCAGGAGGCUGUGCAGCAGAACCUGGGCAUUGUGGACCCAGACCUGCAGACAGGACUCGGCGUGCUCUUUAAUCUCAGCUCUGAAUUCGAUAAGGCCGUGGACGCUUUCAAUGCAGCACUAUCUGUUCGACCUGAGGACUAUCUGCUGUGGAACCGGCUCGGUGCCACUCUGGCUAACGGAGACCGUAGUGAGGAGGCCGUGGAGGCCUACACCCGAGCUCUGGAGCUUCAGCCCGGGUUCAUCCGCUCCAGAUACAACCUCGGCAUCAGCUGCAUCAACCUGGGAGCUCACAGGGAGGCAGUGAGUAAUUUCCUGACGGCUCUGAAUCAGCAGAGAAAGAGCCGGAGCCAUACCGUCAUGUCCAGCAGCAUCUGGGCGGCUCUGCGCAUCGCCCUCUCGCUCAUGGACCUUCCUGAACUUUUUCACGCUGCCAACGUUGGUGAUCUCGACCUCCUGAUGCAGGCCUUCAACAUGGACAUGUGACCUGAACACACAGCUGAAGUGAAGACCGUGCAACACACACCAGGCGCUUCGGUGUAACGAGUCACGCUGAGAGUUCUACUGUAUUUAUGCUAUUACAGCGUGACAUGCUACUUGCUACAGAUUUGCAGUUUGCACACAUAUUUUAUAUACGGGAUUUAGAGACAGAAAAUGAAUGUGCAUGGUGUGUGUGUGUGUGUGUGUGUGAAUGAAAAGAAUGACCAGAACUG